GGGAGGUACCGGCAGCGGGAGGUACCGGCUGGGCUGGGCUGGGCUGGGCUGUUGCCGCACGUCCCCGCAACGGUGGGACCUGACUCGUCGCGACCGUAUCGCGACGGGCGGGGUAAUCGCGACAGCGCCAUGCUGGCCAACGCGGCCACCAUGCGGAUCCUCAUCAAGGGGGGGAAGGUGGUGAACGACGACUGCACGCUGGAGGCGGACGUCUACAUCGAGAACGGCAUCAUCCAGCAAGUGGGUCGCGAGCUCAUGAUCCCCGGCGGGGCCAAGGUCAUCGACGCUACCGGCAAGCUCGUCAUCCCCGGCGGCAUCGACACCAGCACCCACUUCCACCAGACUUUCAUGAACGCCACCUGCGUGGAUGACUUCUACCACGGCACCAAGGCAGCCCUGGUCGGGGGAACGACGAUGAUCAUCGGCCACGUCCUGCCCGACAAGGAGACCUCGCUGCUGGACGCCUACGAGAAGUGCCGCAGCCUGGCCGACCCCAAGGUCUGCUGCGACUACGCCCUGCACAUGGGCAUCACUUGGUGGGCGCCCAAGGUGAAGGCGGAGAUGGAGACGCUGGUGCGGGAGAAGGGGGUGAACUCCUUCCAGAUGUUCAUGACCUACAAGGACCUGUACAUGCUGCGGGACAGCGAGCUCUACCAGGUCUUCCGGGCCUGCCGCGACAUUGGUGCCAUCGCCCGGGUCCACGCCGAGAACGGCGAGCUGGUGGCCGAGGGAGCGAAGGAGGCGCUGGACCUGGGCAUCACGGGGCCGGAGGGCAUCGAAAUCAGCCGGCCCGAAGAGCUGGAAGCCGAGGCCACGCACCGCGUCAUCACCAUUGCCAACAGGACCCACUGCCCCGUCUACUUGGUGAACGUCUCCAGCAUGUCCGCAGGGGAUGUCAUCGCCGCCGCCAAGAUGCAAGGGAAGGUGGUGUACGCGGAGACGACCACGGCACACGCCACGCUCACCGGGCUGCACUACUACCACCAGGACUGGUUCCACGCCGCCGCCUACGUCACCGUGCCGCCGCUGCGCCUGGACACCAACACCUCCGCCUACCUCAUGAGCCUGCUCGCCAACGACACGCUGAACAUCGUGGCCUCGGACCACCGGCCCUUCAGCACCAAGCAGAAAGCCAUGGGCAAGGAGGACUUCACCAAGAUCCCCCACGGCGUCAGCGGGGUGCAGGACCGCAUGAACAUCAUCUGGGAGCGAGGCGUGGUCGGGGGCAAGAUGGAUGAGAACCGCUUUGUGGCCGUGACCAGCUCCAACGCCGCCAAGAUCCACAACCUGUACCCCCGCAAGGGCCGGAUCAUCCCCGGGGCCGACGCCGACGUCGUGGUCUGGGACCCCGAGGCCACCAAGACCAUCUCGGCCAGCACCCAGGUGCAGGGGGGGGACAUCAACCUGUACGAGAACAUGCGGUGCCACGGCGUGCCCCUGGUCACCAUCAGCCGCGGGCGCGUGGUCUACGAGAACGGCGUCUUCAUGUGCGCCGAGGGCACCGGCAAGUUCUGCCCGCUCCGCUCCUUCCCGGACUCCAUCUACAAGAAGCUGGUGCAGCGGGAGAAGAGUUUAAAGCUGCGGGGUGUGGAUCGCACCCCGUACCUGGGGGACGUGGCCGUGGUUGUGCAUGCCGGGAAAAAAGAGACGGGGACGCCCCUGGCCGAUACGCCCACCCGGCCUGCCACGCGACACGGGGGCAUGAGGGACCUCCACGAGUCCAGCUUCAGCCUGUCCGGUUCUCAGAUCGAUGACCACGUUCCAAAGCGAGCUUCGGCCCGGAUUCUCGCUCCCCCCGGAGGCCGGUCGAGCGGCAUUUGGUAGAGCCGGGGACCUGUCCCCCAACUGAGGACCAGGCGCCGGCCCCACGCCGCCCCCCACCCCGGGACCCCGGCUCCGGCGGGGCUCCCCUCGCACCGGAGGGCCCUGCCCGGCCCUCGGCUUGCCCGCGGGGCCGUGCCGGCAGCCUGAGCCGGCAGCCGUGCGUGGGGGCCGGGGGGCCGCGGCCCGGCCGGCGGGAGGGGACGGGGGCAGCGGUGGGCCUGCCCCGGCCCUUUUCUGUUUGCACGUUGGGUUUGGAUCAGUGAAUUUUUGACUUGUUUGUGCAUCACGUGGAAAUACUCUGAAGUGGUUUGUGUCACUAGCGUUAGGGGAGAAGCAGGGACCCCCCCUCCACCCUUCCCACCCCCGGGCUGCCCCCCAUCCCUGCACCCCCUCCGGCCCCCGCCUCCUCUCCCACCCCGGCCCCACGCGGGACGUGUGAGCCCUUCGCACGCCCCGGCAGCGAGCGGCGGCACGGCACGCGCACGCCUGCGCAAGCGUGGUACCGGCAGCUGCCCGCUGGCACACGCGUGCACGCACACACGCAUCUCUCUGUGCGAAGUGCCGGCAGGCUCCUCGCUGCCGCGUGUGUGCACACGUACGUUGCGCCAUGCGUGGUCUCAGUGAGAUGUUCAUUGCACGCACCUGCACUCCUCCGCACGACGGCGGGUGCCUGUUUCACGCUGGGCCGGGAGCACCCCUCACCCCGGCCCCUCCACCCCCUGCCGCGGGGCUGCCGUGGACCCCGGUGCUGCCGACGCUCCCGGGCACCCGCGGCACGUGCCCCCGUCGUGCCCCCGGCCGUGCGCUGGUGCUACGGGGUGGGUGCCCCAGCCCCCCGCCCCCUCCCCAGCCCGUCCCGGGGCAGCGUCAGAUGUGAAUUGUUCCUUGUGCACUUUCCCCCUAGAUGGUCCCUGUAGGUGUGCGGGGGGCCGGGUGGGCGCAGCCUGGCGCGGGGGGGUCCUGCCCCCCCCAGGUAGUUCAUGUCGGCCGUUUUAGGAACCUGCAGUACGUUUCUGUUUGCUCAUUAAAGACCGUUCUC